GGUACACGGAUCGUGAUUGGUCUUUACACUUGUGAUCAGCUUGACUCGAAUUUAUGCUGGCCGGGUUCAUUCACUCAAAAUAAAAUCAGCUGGCCUGGGUGGGAUACAAUGGAUACAUGAUCAAGCAAGCAAAACUGACCUUGUGCAAAAUUAUCGCCUAAUAGUCGGUACAUUGGUUCAAAUCACAUGGUAAAGUUGACCAAUAAAACUUCAACAUAUAACUAUGGAUCCCGAAAAGAAAGAACUUGCAGAGAAAGAUCUCGAGAAAGGGGCGUGUACUGGUGUCUCAAACCCAGCGUUUGACGGUCCUUCUGCAAUUGUUAGUAAUGGCAUUCCUGAUAGCAAGGAUGUAGAAGAUGAUGUUUCGGAGGACACAUUUGACCCUUGGGAGCUCGUUAAUCCUAAAGUAAAGGAGAAGAAAUGGAAAGAACUAUCAUCGUUUGGAAAAUUCAAGCGUGUCAUGUGGCUCUUGGCCAGACUGGUGAUCCUGCUUGCUCUCCUUUAUCUCUUCAUAUGUUCCUUGGACUUCCUGAGCAAUGCUUUCAAACUGCUCGGAGGAAAAUCAGCCGGACAAGUUUUUUCCCAGAAUUCUUUGCUACGAAAUCCAGUAUGCGGACUGAUGUUAGGAGUUCUGGGAACUGUCCUCCUUCAAAGCUCAUCGACUACCACCUCUAUCAUAGUAACGAUGGUGGCUGAAAGCAUUCUUGAUGUGCAGACGGCUAUUCCAAUUAUAAUGGGCGCAAAUAUUGGUACAUCAGUGACAAAUACGAUCGUGUCGAUGGGGCAGAUUACGGAAGUGAACGAGUUCAGGAGAGCUUUUGGAGGUGCCACAGUCCACGACAUGUUUAAUUGGCUCACUGUAUUUUGCCUUCUACCAAUUGAGGCGAUAUGUGCUGCGUUUGAGCCAUAUGCACAUGGAGGUCCCCUAUAUUGGUUGACGAGGUCAAUUGUAGACAGCCUGCAUAUCGAAACUGCACAGGAUGUCAACAAGGAACUUCUGAAAGUGAUCACCAAACCAUUUACUAAACUUGUGAUAAGCAUCGAUAGUAAAGCUAUCACGAAAAUUUCAACAGGAGAAGUUUUGGCAGAGGACGUUAAACUUGUGAAACAUUGCAAGGACGCAGUGAUGAAGAAUGUUACUGUAAAUGGUACAACUAGUCUAGAGGAGGUACAAGUCAUAAGAAAAUGUGCUCUGGGGGAGGCUAAAAGUCUGUUCGCCCUUACGGACUGGAGUGACGAGUUGGUCGGGGGAAUACUUUUGGUAGUAGCCUUGGUGUUGCUCUGUAUUUGCCUCGUCCUUAUCGUGAAGACUCUCCAUAGUUUACUCAGUGGUCACAUAGCAGUAGCAAUCAAGAAAGUCGUCAACGCUAAUUUCCCUGGUAAACUUGCUUUCCUGACUGGCUACCUUGCCAUUGUCGUCGGAGCCGGGUUGACAAUUCUGGUCCAAAGUAGUUCUAUUUUCACGAGUGCCAUCACCCCUCUGGUGGGGAUCGGCGUACUUAAGAUUGAUAGGAUGUACCCAUUGACCCUUGGAGCAAACAUUGGCACGACGUUCACCGCGAUAUUGGCCUCACUCACGCAGUCAAGUACAAAGCUGAAAUUGGCAUUGCAUAUUGCCUUCUGUCAUCUGUUUUUUAACAUCAUCGGUAUCAUCAUAUGGUACCCGAUUCCUGCAAUGAGGCGAGUUCCAAUAAAACUGGCGAAGUUCCUCGGCAACAAGACUGCUAAGUACCGAUGGUUUGCUAUCGUAUAUCUUAUUCUGAUGUUCUUCCUAUUCCCUGCGUUUAUCUUCGCUAUAUCGAUACCCGGUUGGGAAGUACUAGUGGGUGUCGGCGUCCCAAUUCUCGUUUUCAUCAUUGUGAUUGCCAUAAUUAACUGCAUGCAGUCGAGGCAUCCCAACCGUCUCCCCAAGAAAUUACGUAACUGGGACUUCCUUCCGAUUUGCCUACACAGUUUAGCGCCAUAUGAUCGUAUAUUCCGGUGCUGUAAGGUAUGUCGACCAGGAAAAGAUGAACAAUCCCCACCGUCAACACCACCACCUGCUUACAAUGAUACUAUUACUAACCAAGUACCUGUACAUUAUGAAAACACCGUCCUAUAAGAUUAUUUUGAAUCUCUCUUCAUUUAAAUAUUCUGGUCGUAUAUAUGGGAUUCUCUUGCUAAAAAGGACGAAUGACCACGGAGUCUGGACUCUGGGUACAAGCAGAGGAAGGAUAUCAACGAAGGAGUGCCGUCGUAGGAAAUAACAUCAAAUAUUCUACACGAUUGAGUGUUCCCAUGACGCUUUUGAGAAAUAUAGUGGUGACUUGCGAUUUUUACCUAACCCGAAAAUACGGAACAUAUUUUGUGAACAGUGUCCCAUUUUUGUGACCCAUAAUACCAUAUACAGUAAAACCCGUAUGUGUUAACACCUCAAUCUCAAAACAGUUUAUCUUGUUCAUUACCUCUUAUUGACGCCAUGUUUGAACACUCGUUUGACAAACCAAUAUAGUAGCUGAGUGGAAAGAUUUAUCUUAUACCUUAUACCUUUGAACUAUGAUUUUUACGUCACCACUUGACCACAAGUGGUGACAUAUUUUGAUAGUGUCCAACUUUUUUGUGGACGGUUUCCGGAGGUCGGCGCCUUUAACAAAUGGCAGGUGGUGAAAUUUUGCAUGCAAAUGCCUUGUAUAAUUGUACAGUACCAGACAUGCAGUAUCCAAGA